AUGAAAAGUUAUCGACGUUACCUCUACUAUAAUAUAUUAUCAUUUCUAUUAUUAUGCAGUUCCGUGGUACUUGCAAAACAAGAUGAGGCCCCAUUCUUUGGAGGUACUUCUUCGAAAAAGUCGCGCCUAUCUGCACAAGAUAAGGGCAAUGAUACGUGCCUGCCAUGUUUCAAUUGUAUGCUACCUAUUUUUGAAUGCAAACAGUUUUCUGAAUGCAAUUCGUAUACUGGUAGAUGUGAGUGUAUAGAAGGUUUUGCAGGUGACGAUUGUUCUCUUCCUCUGUGUGGCGGUCUAUCGCCGGAUGAAAGCGGUAAUAAGGACCGUCCCAUAAGAGCACAAAACAACACCUGUCAUUGCGAUGCCGGAUGGGGCGGAAUUAAUUGUGACGUUUGUCAAGAAGAUUUUGUUUGUGAUGCGUUCAUGCCCGAUUCUAGUAUUAAGGGGACAUGUUAUAAGAAUGGUAUGAUUGUAAAUAAAGUUUUUUCAGGCUGUAAUGUGACCAAUGAAAAAAUUUUACAGAUUUUAAAUGGCAAAAUACCACAAAUUACGUUUGCUUGUGAUAAACCUAACCAAGAAUGUAAUUUUCAGUUUUGGAUAGAUCAGUUAGAAAGCUUCUAUUGUGGAUUGGGCGAUUGUGCUUUUGAAUACGAUUUGGAACAGAAUACCUCCCAUUAUAAGUGUAAUGAUGUUCAAUGCAAGUGUGUUCCCGACACCAUGUUGUGUGGCGCUAAGGGGUCUAUUGAUAUCUCAGAUUUCUUGACAGAGACUAUAAAAGGGCCAGGGGAUUUCAGUUGUGACUUGGAAACAAGACAAUGUAAAUUCAGUGAACCUUCUAUGAAUGAUUUAAUCUUAACCAUUUUCGGUGACCCCUAUAUUACUUUGAAGUGUGAAUCUGGUGAAUGUGUUCAUUAUAGCGAGAUUCCGGGUUACAAAUCUCCUUCAAAAGAUCCAACAGCAUCAUGGCAGGGAAAAUUGGUGUUGGCAUUGACUGCUGUGAUGGUCUUGGCGCUUUUUACAUUCGCUACGUUUUACAUUUCUAAAUCUCCGUUAUUUAGAAACGGAAUGGGUUCCUCAAAGUCUCCCAUUCGUUUGCCGGAUGAAGAUGCGGUAAAUAAUUUCUUACAAAAUGAAGAUGACACACUGGCGACGUUAAGUUUUGAAAAUAUCACUUAUAGUGUCCCCUCAAUAAACUCUGAUGGCGUUGAAGAAACAGUGUUAAAUGAAAUUAGUGGUAUUGUAAAGCCUGGCCAAAUAUUAGCUAUCAUGGGUGGAUCUGGUGCAGGUAAAACCACUUUAUUAGACAUCCUAGCAAUGAAAAGGAAAACUGGCCAUGUUUCUGGUACCAUAAAAGUUAACGGUAUUAGUAUGGACCGUAAAUCCUUCUCGAAAAUAAUCGGGUUCGUCGACCAAGAUGACUUUUUGUUGCCUACUUUGACUGUUUUUGAAACUGUCUUAAACAGUGCGCUGUUAAGGUUGCCAAAAGUGUUAUCAUUUGAGGCCAAGAAGGCACGAGUUUAUAAAGUGUUGGAAGAACUAAGAAUUAUUGACAUCAAAGAUCGUAUUAUUGGUAAUGAAUUUGAUCGCGGUAUUAGUGGAGGUGAAAAACGUCGAGUUUCUAUUGCAUGCGAAUUAGUGACAUCUCCAUUGGUCUUAUUUUUGGAUGAACCCACAUCCGGCUUGGAUGCUAGUAACGCUAAUAAUGUUAUUGAAUGUUUAGUGAGGUUAUCCAGCGACUAUAAUAGAACUUUAGUGCUAUCUAUUCAUCAGCCGAGGUCAAAUAUAUUUUAUUUAUUCGAUAAACUGGUCCUAUUAAGUAAAGGUGAGAUGGUCUAUUCCGGAAAUGCCAAGAAAGUGUCAGAAUUUUUGAGAAAUGAGGGUUAUAUUUGUCCGGACAACUAUAAUAUUGCGGAUUAUUUGAUUGAUAUUACUUUUGAAGCUGGACCUCAGGGGAAAAGGAGAAGAAUCAGAAACAUUUCCGAUCUAGAAGCUGGUGCGGAUGCUAAUGAUAUUGAUAAUACCAUACACCAGACAACAUUCACUAGCAGUGAUGGUACUACGCAGAGAGAGUGGGCCCAUCUCGCAGCUCAUAGAGAUGAGAUUAGAUCUUUGCUUAGAGAUGAAGAAGAUGUGGAAGGAACAGAUGGAAGACGAGGCACUACUGAGAUUGACUUGAAUACCAAGCUAUUACACGAUAAGUACAAAGAUAGUGUUUAUUAUGCGGAGCUUACACAGGAGAUCGAGGAAGUUUUAAGCGAAGGUGACGAAGACAGUAACGUUUUGAGUGGAGAUUUGCCCACAGGUCAAGAAUCUGCUGGUUUUCUGCAACAGUUAUCGAUAUUGAAUUCAAGAAGUUUCAAAAACAUGUACAGGAACCCUAAACUAUUAUUGGGUAAUUACUUAUUAACGAUCCUAUUGAGUUUAUUCUUGGGAACGUUAUACUACAAUGUCUCCAAUGAUAUCAGCGGGUUUCAGAACAGAAUGGGACUGUUUUUCUUCAUAUUGACGUACUUCGGUUUUGUUACAUUCACAGGCCUCAGUUCAUUUGCCCUGGAAAGAAUCAUUUUCAUAAAAGAGAGAUCCAAUAACUAUUAUUCGCCAUUUGCAUACUACAUCAGUAAGAUAAUGAGUGAAGUGGUUCCGUUACGUGUAGUACCACCUAUACUCUUGUCGUUAAUUGUUUAUCCAAUGACUGGCUUAAACAUGAAAGACAAUGCCUUUUUCAAAUGUAUCGGGAUCCUUAUAUUGUUUAACCUUGGAAUAUCGUUGGAAAUCCUCACCAUCGGCAUAAUUUUUGAAGACUUGAACAACUCUAUUAUAUUAAGUGUGUUGGUGCUUCUGGGUUCGCUACUAUUCAGCGGACUGUUUAUCAACACUAAGAAUAUUACAAACGUGGCCUUCAAGUAUCUGAAAAAUUUCUCUGUGUUCUACUACGCCUACGAAUCUUUAUUGAUCAAUGAAGUUAAAACGUUGAUGUUAAAAGAGAGAAAGUACGGUUUAAAUAUUGAGGUUCCCGGCGCUACUAUCUUAAGCACAUUCGGAUUUGUUGUCCAGAAUCUUGUUUUUGACAUCAAGAUCUUGGCUCUGUUUAAUGUGGCGUUUCUAAUAAUGGGGUAUCUAGCCCUUAAGUGGAUAGUUGUGGAACAAAAGUAG